AUGCUGAUCAACAUGGAAACUGAGAUAGAAGAUGAAUCUGAGUCAGAAAAAGAAGAUAAAGAUUCUAUCAUCAUGAGAAAUCCCAGAAAGGUCGUUAACUUUACUGAAGUCCCUGCACUUGAUGUCUCAUUCUCUGUAAAAAGCAUCAUCUCUAAGAUUGAACAAGCACAGCUCCGUCGAGCCAGAGAGGAUAUUGAUACGCGGCUGAAGGAGAUCAUGGAAAAUGUGAAUAAUAUAAUAAUUCGCUAUGCCGUUGAUCUUAAUGUGUCCAUGGGAAGGAGGAGCUCCCUUACAGAGUAUAAGAAAAGAAAGAGAAUCAGUUUUUUAGAGAAAAUGGCUAGUUACGCAAGGAAUGCUGAAAUUAGAGAAAAGAUUCUUGCCCGCAUUCUGUCCUGGCUGGAAGAAUGGAAUGCCAUUUUGUCUGAGAUGACUGUAAUUGAUACUGAUGAAUACCACCGCCGGAUAGUGCAAAUGGAGAUGUUACCAGAGACCUUAAAAGCUAUUGAAAACAAUGUCAAGAUCCUGAGUAGAUUUAGUUUAGCUCUCCUUGAAGAAAAGAAGAAACGAAAGAAAAAAACAAUAUCUAGAGGUACUUUAUGGAAAACUUGGAAAGAAAGAGUUAUAAAGCGACCUGCAACAGCCCAUGCUUUAAGGGCAGAUCAGCUGAUUAGUGAUCAAUUUGCAACAAAUACAAAGGUUUCAGAAAUCCAAGAUAUGCUACAAGAACUCAUAGACACUGCAAUGUUCAAUAAAUUGGAAAACAGUGCUAUUAAAUAUGUAUCAUCAACAAUACUAAACCUUUCUAAAGCUUUGAGUAUGGUAAAUGAUGAAUUAAAGGCUAUUAACAUACCAAGUUACAACAUACAUGUAGAUGACUCGACUGAUAAAGAAAAAGAGCUUGCCGUGAAGAUAAUAGAAGAUCUCACUGAAGAAAAUGAAACACUUCAGCAAAAACUUCAAGAAGUAGAAGAAAAGUGUGAACAACUUCUUCGAAUGAAAGCUGUUACAGAACACCAAGUAUAUACAUCACUAACCUUGAAAAUGUUACCUGGAUCUUCUUCACAGUCAUCCAAUGCCAUUAUGAAAGGUAGUGACAUAGAUGACGAGAUGGAACGUAUUUUAGCCAAAGAAUUUGGAGAUGCUAUAGAUGAAGUCCCCUCAAAAGGGAUCAAAGGCCCUGGGAAAAAGUGGGGCCCAACUAUUUUACAGACAUCUCAAUCUGAAAUGAUUUCAGAUUUACCAGAACAGCAACAACAUUUACCUGAGAAAAAAAGGAAAAAGGCUCCUGAAGAUAGUUCUGAAGAUAUCAUUAAAGAUAACAUACCACUGAAGAAAGGUGAUGUCUUUCAGACAGAUGGGAAUGACAAGUAUCAAUCACAGAACAGGAAGCACGCAAAAGACUUACAUGGCUAUGAUACCUCUAGAUCAAAUCUGAGCUAUAAUAAAAGUGAACAAUUCUCUGAGACACAAACACUGGAAAGGAAAAAAAAUGAAAUGAAAUCCUUUUCUGAAGCCAAAUCAAAGUUACUCCCUCAAGCACAAAGCCAACAUUUCCUUUCUACUGAAACAAAGAACCAAGGUGACAAAAGUAGGACGAUUACCACAAGGGAGAAAAUUGAGAAAGUCAAACAGGAAUAUUCACUUCUCAAAAGCCCAAUUUCAUCAGAGAGUAAAGCACAGCCUACCACUGAGUCAACAGACAAAGAGGGGAAAAGUGAGGUGAGUGGCCAAGUGGAGCCACACAGUAUGACUCAAUCUGACUCUGAGCCACAAAAAGAAAAAACAAAAGGAAAAAACCACCAAAUCUCUUCAGGAACUACCACAAGCAAAGAAUUUACCAGAGCUCAAGAAAUCCAAGAUGACAAAAGUGAGCACAGUAACCUAGAAGAAUUUCAGAAAGCCAUAAUGACUUACCUAAAAGAGAAAAUUGAAAACAUAGGAAAGCCUUUUGACCAGAAGACUAUGCCGAAGGAAGAGGCGUUAUUAAAAAGAGCAGAAGCUGAAAAAUUGGAAUCCGUAAAGGCAAAAAUGGAGGAAUAUUUCCAAACAGUGGGUGAAACUGUGACUAAAUUCUUGAGGAAAUACAAUGAUAUUAAAAAGGAAGAAAACAUUGGAAAGAAACCUAUGGAACAAAAAAAGAUAGUCUCAUUUAUGGCAGGAUCACAGUUUCAGAAGUCACCAAUUAAUGCACAGUCUGAAAGUAGUAAAUUCCUCUCACGUGAGAGCACAGAUCCAGUAAUUAACAAUUUAACACAAAUGAUCAUAGCUGAAAUAGAAAGUGAGAGAGAUGUUCCAGCAGUCUCACUAGAAGAGAAAGACCACAAGAAGGAAAAACAAAGCCAGGAGCAAUAUUUGCAAGUGGGUCAAGAAAAAAGGUCUGGUAUAAGUCUCAAACAGCAGCUUUUAGGAGAAAUAAAUCUCUCAAGCAAGAAUUAUGAGAAGAUAUAUAAUAACGUGGAGGGAGAAAAGUCACGGCGCCAAAUGAAGGGUGGAAAGCAAAGACAACAGAAGCAGGAAAAAGUGGGGAAGAAAGAGCAAAGACAGAACAUUCAAAAACAGACUGAGCAAGAAGGGAAGCAAAAGCAAAGGGGAAAAGAGGAAGAAGAGCACCAGAAGCUAAGACGGGAAUACAUAGAAGUGCGGGAGCAAAAAAUGAAAGGGCAAGACAUGCUCUUGGGAAAGGAGAAGGGAGAGAUGAGUCACUUUCAGAAGGAAGUAGGACAUCUGGGGCUGAAAAAGAGUUGGGCGAAAGAGCAGGAGAAGCAGAGGACAAUGAGAGUGACAGAGGACCUGGAAAGGCAGAGGCAGAAUGAAGAAAAGGAUCACAUGAAGACUGAGGAGGAAAAACCUGAAGAACUAUUACAAAAAAUCAGCCAAUCUCCAGGGACAAUGUCUUCCACACAGAAGAGAUUAUUGAAAGAUGAACCCAAGUUACAUGAAGAAAAAGAUAUUGAUAGGAAUCUGAGAACUACAGAGACUCUACAUGAUGGAAAAUACUCCACACCAGUAACUUCUCCCGCUUCACGACAAACAACUACACCUGAGGGUCUUCCUAUUUCAGGACAGCAUCCAACACAGGGGAUCACUCUCACCCCUCAGCAGGCCCAGGACCUGGGCAUCACUCUCACCCCUCAGCAGGCCCAAGGUCAAGGGAUCACUCUCACCCCUCAGCAGGCCAAGGACCUGGGCAUCACUCUCACCCCUCAGCAGGCCCAAGGUCAAGGGAUCACUCUCACCCCUCAGCAGGCCCAAGGUCAAGGGAUCACUCUCACCCCUCAGCAGGCCCAAGGUCAAGGGAUCACUCUCACCCCUCAGCAGGCCCAAGGUCAAGGGAUCACUCUCACACCUCAGCAGGCCCAAGGUCAAGGGAUCACUCUCACCCCUCAGCAGGCCCAAGGUCAAGGGAUCACUCUCACCCCUCAGCAGGCCCAGGACAGGGGGAUCACUCUAACCCCUCAGCAGAUUCAGGACCUGGGGAUCACUCUCACUCCGCAGCAGGCCCAGGGUCAGGGGAUCACUCUCACUCCUCAGCAGGCCCAAGGUCAAGGCAUCACUCUUACUCCACAGCAGGCCCAGGACCUGGGAAUCCCUCUCAUCCCUCAGCAGGCCCAGGACCUAGGGAUCACUCUCACUCCUCAGCAGGUCCAGGCUCAGGGUGUCCCUCUCACCCCUCAGCAGGCCCAGGCUCAGGGUGUCCCUCUCACCCCUCAGCAGGCCCAGGACCUGGGGAUCCCUCUCACCCCUCAGCAGGCCCAGGACCUGGGGAUCCCUCUCACCCCUCAGCAGGCCCAGGACCUGGGGAUCCCUCUCAUCCCUCAGCAGGCCCAGGACCUGGGGAUCCCUCUCAUCCCUCAGCAGGCCCAGGACCUAGGGAUCACUCUCACUCCUCAGCAGGUCCAGGCUCAGGGUGUCACUCUCACCCCUCAGCAGGCCCAGGACCUAGGAAUCCCUCUCACCCCUCAGCAGGCCCAGGACCUGGGGAUCCCUCUCACCCCUCAGCAGGCCCAGGACCUGGGGAUCCCUCUCACCCCUCAGCAGGCCCAGGACCUGGGAAUCCCUCUCAUCCCUCAGCAGGCCCAGGACCUAGGGAUCACGCUCACUCCUCAGCAGGUCCAGGACCUAGGAAUCCCUCUCACCCCUCAGCAGGCCCAGGACCUAGGGAUCACUCUCACUCCUCAGCAGGCCCAGGCUCAGGGCAUCACUCUCACCCCUCAGCAGGCCCAGGACCUAGGAAUCCCUCUCACCCCUCAGCAGGCCCAGGCUCAGGGUGUCACUCUCACCCCUCAGCAGGCCCAGGCUCAGGGUGUCACUCUCACCCCUCAGCAGGCCCAGGACCUGGGAAUCCCUCUCAUCCCUCAGCAGGCCCAGGACCUAGGGAUCACUCUCACUCCUCAGCAGGUCCAGGCUCAGGGUGUCACUCUCACCCCUCAGCAGGCCCAGGACCUAGGAAUCCCUCUCACCCCUCAGCAGGCCCAGGACCUGGGGAUCCCUCUCACCCCUCAGCAGGCCCAGGACCUAGGGAUCACUCUCACUCCUCAGCAGGUCCAGGCUCAGGGCGUCACUCUCACCCCUCGGCAGGCCCAGGACCUGGGGAUCACUCUCACCCCUCAGCAGGCUCAGGCUCAGGGCAUCACUCUCACCCCUCAGGAGGCCCAGGCUCAGGGGAUCACUCUCACCCCUCAGCAGGCCCAGGACCUGGGGAUCACUCUCACCCCUCAGCAGGCCCAGGACCUGGGGAUCACUCUCACCCCUCAGCAGGCCCAGGACCUGGGGAUCACUUUCACCCCUCAGCAGGCCCAGGCUCAGGGGAUCACUCUCACCCCUCAGCAGGCCCAGGACCUGGGGAUCACUUUCACCCCUCAGCAGGCCCAGGUUCAGGGGAUCACUCUCACCCCACAGCAGACCCAGGACCUGGUUCUCACCCCCCAAACUCAGGCAACUCCGCUUACCCUGGAGCGGGCUCAGGUAUUGGGGUUCCCUCUUACCUUAGAAGAAGCCCAUACCCUGGAUAUCCCCUUCACCCCUGAGAAAGUCCAACCUUUUAAUCCUUCUGCUUUUAGACCAUUUCAGGAAUUGAUGCCUUCUCUUGUCACUGGGCAAUCCAUUAAAUCAAGAUUAUUUUCAAGGCCUAGGCAGUUCCUGGGAUCAACUGCUUCUAUUGCUGAGGAGUCCUUUACACCUGAGGUAUCUUCCACUCCUUUGGAGAUAUUAAGGCCUCCUCUCACCCAACGCCCCUUUAUCCCUAGGAAGUGCAUAGAAAUGGAGAGUCUUUCUGACCCUCAGAAACUCCUGGAACCACAGACCCCUACUUCUAAAUCUAGACAGAUCCUGGUAUAUAGAGGUCGAUCCACUCCUGAGAAGUUCCUGGUACCAGAGGUUCCUUCUACCUAUGGACAGCUCCUAAUAUCUGGGGCCCCUCCAGCUCCCAGGCAGCCUCUUAUAUCUGCAGUCCCCCGCACUGUGGGACAGAUUCCCAGCCUCUGGACUCCUUUCUCUCCUGGGCAGCCCUUGGUUCCUAGGACCUCUUCCAUCCCUGAACAGCCCCUGGAAUCUGAAGCCUUAAUUUCUGAGUGGCCCCAGGCAUUCCAGCCUCCUGUCACCCCUGAGCAAUCUCCCUAUCUCCAGGCCUCUUCUACCCUUGGGCAACAUCAGACACUAUGGACCCGUCCAGAGCAAGCUUCCCCAUUAUGGAUGUCUUCCAUUUCUAAGCAUCCCCCCACAACUUGGGUCCCCCCAACUCCUGGAAAGCCCCAGAAAGGUUUGUCCUCUUCUAUUCCUAAGAGAAGACUGACAGUUAUUUCUUCUUUGAAAUCUAAAUCAUCAUUGAUCUAUCCCAGUGCUCCAGAUUUCAAGGUAACUCAAGCUCCUUUUGCCACUAAGAAAGUUCAAAUAUCAGAAGACUCUGAUACUUACGAAGAAACCCAAAUACCCCACGAUACUUUUGCCAUAGAACCAUUGAAAACAUUUCAGUCCUAUCUCACCAGUUAUAGGACACCUGCAGCACAAACCCCUUACAUUGAUAAGGGAAUCACUCCCACUCUUACGAAGCCUAUAAAAUCACUACCUUCUCUUACUAGUCAACUACUCAAAACAUCACAGAUCUCACCUUCGGAACGGGCCCAGAAAUCCCGAUUCCCCUCUGUAGACAAGACCCGGAUACUGACUUCAGAUACCAAGAAACCAGAGAUAAUUGUGCCCCCUUCUUCUCCCCAAGAGACUGAAGAGAAAAGGUAUUUUGUGGAUGUGGAGGCUCAGAGGAAGAACUUGAUACUAUUAAAUCAGGCCACAAAAAUGUUUAGACUCCCUUCACAGCUAUACACAACAGCUAAGAGCCUCAUCACUGAGACACUUCGUAUGGACACAGUUCGGCUUGGAUACCUAUUCCGCAAGUACAUUGCCUAUAGGCUGGUCCAGAGUGCCAGAAACAACUUAACCAAACAAUUAAAAGCCAUCCAAAACACUGGGAAAGGGUAUGAGACCCAAAAUCUCUACCUAAUGCUGAGCAGAAUUGAUGACUACCGGAAAAAGGUGAUGUCGAUCUGGACUGAGAAGCAGACGGCUCUAGAGCAGAAACGGAAUCUGUACCUGAGGGAAAUGAUACACUUAUUUGGCCAGUUCCAAGAGAUGUAUGGACUGGAUCUUAAGCAACCUAUCCGCUUGAUCAACAAAAAGCAGAUACCUAUGUCUACCCAAUAUGUUCAACAGCCAUUCCUACAGUUACAAAAAGAAGAGGACAGAAAACCUGACAUAUUCAAGAAAUUUAGGCAGCAAGAGGAGCAGAUGGAGGCCAUCUGGAAUAUUGAUCUGUCCAUUUCAAGCUACCCAAUAACAGAGAAGACAUCAAUGCAUUCACUCUGGGCCCAGCUGGGUGGAUACCCAGAUAUUCCUAGGCUGCUUCAGUUGGAUAUUCAGUCUACCUUCAGAAAAUCUCUUGCAUCCAUUCAAUCACACUCACAUAAAGAACUGACAGUGUCAGGUUUUAAAGGAAAUGAUGAGGACAUUUUCACUACUUCAGAUAGUGAACAAGAAGAAUUUGGAGAGGUGGAACAAGAAAUUAUUUGUUCUAAGGAAGAGAGUGAAGAGGAAGAUGAUAACAAUGGAGAAGAAGAAAUGCAAAAUAUGGAGCCCAAGAGAAGAAGACCUUGCCCACUUGUAAAAAUAGGGUAG